AUGGCUGCUCCGGCCAGCAGCCAAGAUGGGGCAGUGGGUACUGAGCAACUCAUGAAGAUUCACGAAGCAAUCAAAUGCAUCCGCGACCACCCACUCUUCAAAGAUAUUGAUACAGCAAAGCCAUUGACUGUCAGCCAAGGAGGACAGCAAGUUCCUUUUGAGUUGGAAUCUUUGAAGAAAGCCAUUGGCAGCGAUGCCGGUUGCUACCGUUGCGGCUGCAAUAUUUGGUGGUCUGACCUCAUUUGGAUGGCCAACCACAGGGUUCCUGUGAAUGUGGGGCAGGUCAAAGCCAUCCAAAAAACAGAAUUUUCCAGCCCACCGUCCACAUUUCCUUUCACGGUCACUGUGGCAGUAGACAAAGAAGCCUUGGCCUCCAAGCCUGAAGGUGGAUGGCAGCGGUUGUCUCCAGCUGAGCCAGUUCACGCACUCCUGCUGUCGAUUCAGCAUGAUAUUCAAAGCAAUGUGGGGGAACAAAGGUUGAAAGAAUGGCGACGCGUUUGCCUGACGGUCUCGUUCACCUUUGAAGCAGUGACAGCUGGUGAAGCUCGUUUUUGGCGCGCGCAGAAUCUCCGAGAACAAGCAGUAAACCAUGGCUUGGUGGUUCGCAUGAGCCUCCGACAGCGCAUUUAUGAUGUGGCUGGGUUCAAGAUGUCCAAAGAGAAAGCAUCCGGACACGAGUUUGGGGCUGAAAAGGUGGCGCAGGCUUACACUCAGCAGUUGAAACUUGCGGUGGACGCCGAACCAAUCAGCAAAUCGUUUGUCGAGGACGCGUGCCACAUUCACAGGCGCUUGCUCAGUCUGGAGCCUUGCCAACAGAUUCUUGAGUGGGCAGACAGGGAGCUUUUGCACAACAAUCCUUGGAAGAGCAUUUACGCUCUCAAGGCGUUGCUGGACCGAGCUUCCACCAGUGACAACAUCAUUUGGUGCAUGCUGGGCAUGAUGGAUGGCUUCCGCAUGAACAUCGUGGACCUGUCCCACUUUGCGGUGCAGAAAGUCAAGGACAGUUACGUCGAGGUCUUGAAAUUGAAGAAGAAGGUCAAAGAACACCUGCUGCAAGAAUGGCUUCAGGGCUUGGACAUCGAGGCGAAGUGGAAAAACGGUUUGCGAGACACCUUUUCGUCCUUUGAGUCUGUGCGGAAGAAGUACGCUCCCUACCCUGGAAGUGCUGCGCCAGACUCUGCUUGGAUGGUGGGGUGCCCGGAGAGUGUGAAUCAAGUGACUGACAUCAUUGAGCAGUUGGUGUACAAUCAAGCUUUUGACAACCGCUACAGAGACGCAGUAAAGGCAAAGCACGAGCUUGAAGAUUUCUUGGGCUAUCCGACCGUGGCCAAAUUGCUUCAAGAUGCGGAGGCACAGGUGCGCUCCGAAAAGAAGCCCGCCGCAGAGUCCAACACUUCGGUGGAAGCUGCUCCGGCUCCUUCUGCUGGGUCGGCUGCUUCGGCCGCAGCAGCUACUGCUGUUUCUGAUUCUUCAGCCACAGGAACUGCUGCUCCCACUUCGGCUGCUUCGGCCCACGACACUUUGAACGACGAGGACCAGCAGCAAUGGCGCCAGCACAUGCUCAAGACGAUCCGGGCACACAUCCGUCUCAUCCCAGAAGGCAAAUCACAAGCUGAAUUGGAACAGGCUUUGAAAGACACUGGCUAUGCCACUUUGAAAGGUGAUCCUACCGGUCAAGUGCUUUUGCAUUUUGACAUCAAGAAAUUUGGUGAGCCAUUGACACGGCCUGACUUUCGAAUUCCAACUUUGAGGGACCAGCCGUACUGCAAGCUGGUGCGAAGUGUUUUGAACGCUAGAUCUGGAGGGGAUGGGCCCGGUGCCCUCCAACCGGGUGAGAUCGGUUUGAUUUUGGAUGGAGGCAAGCAGGGAAACAAAAACAAGCUUCUAGCACCUUGGAAGGAAGGCACAAGCAGAGAAGGGAACAAGAAAGGAGCAGCAGCUGAAGAUGAAGAGGAGGAAGGACAGCAGGACGAGGAUGACGACGAAGGAGACAAACCCAACUUGGUAUGGGAUAGCCUUCUGAUUGCCUACACUGAAGACAGCCUUGCCUCCAGGAAGCAGCGCGUCAGAGGCACGGGAACCUUGAAACAAGUUGAAACUUGCUUGGUCCUCAGCAGCAAGAAAUUGACUUUGCCUGUGCGAACCCGGAAGCAUUUUCAGGGCAGCAGCAAUGGCGACCUGCUGCUUGGAGUAGCGUGGCCCGAGUUGGCGGAAGAAUGGCACGUCAAAUGGCAGGAGAAAAAGGAGAUGCUCGGCAAAAAGCAUUUGGUGCCAGUGGGCGGCAAGACAGCCGACGAUGCUGGCGAUCGCACGUCCAACCGUGCAGCAAAUGAGCUCGAACCCAUGUGCUACCAUUCGUUGCCACUUGCAUUUUACGAAGAAAUUUUGCAUGGCUAUUACGCGAAAAUGGUGGUAGACAUGACACCAAGUGAUGCCAGAUUCGCUUGGGCAUGCCUGCGCACGCGCACAGGCUACGUUGGAAUCUGCUUCACCGAGGCGCAUGUGCGUGGCUUGGAGAACCGCUUGCUCGAGCUGUUGAAAGAGGACAUGGUCGACCCGAACUCUCCUUUGUUCUCGGCCGCCUACUCUGAAGCAGUUGGCUUGAAGAAAACCCCGUCUCAGGGCUCUGGCGGUCCUGACCCCAAGGCCAAGCCGCAGGCCAAACCAAAGGGGAGAGGCAGAGGCAGGGGAGGCCCCAAGCCCAAGCCGAAGACAAAGCCAAAGGCCAAGCCCAAGUCAGCGCCAACCGCUCCUGAUGAUGGUGAAGAUGGCCAAGAAGAACCAGAAGAGGACGAGGACCCCGCUGCAGAUGACGACCAAGUGUGGGACCCGCUGGAGUGA